GCGUUAGUCGUUCCACAGCGCUGAUCGAGUUUAAAACUAUUCCGCUGCACGGAGAGCAUAGAGCGGAAGCCAAAGUAAAAACUUAACGUAACGAAAACACACAUCCAAAAGCUUUUAGCAUUGCUCCAAGAAAAUCGUACUGCGGCGCGUCGAGACCCAAGCGAUAUAGAAAAUUGGAUGCAGAAACAAAGAGAUCGAUGAGUGGUGUGGUGUGGUGCCAAGUGGUGCGUGUGUGCCGUGUGUGUGCGGUGUGUGUGGUGUGGAAUGGAAUGCCAACCGACAAGUUGUAAAGGGAAACCCUGAAAUCCGAACAGCCGCCAGCCAGCGGCAAACAAAACUGUGAAUACGAAACAAAUACACGCAGCAGAUACUGACUGCCCAAGAGAUACAGAUACAUCUCUUGUCUCUCGCGUGUGAAGUGCGCUUCGAAUAAAGCAACAACAAAAAGCAACGGCAGAAGCAACAACAAUUAAUCUGCAUAAACAAUUGAGGCUCUGGCUCUCCUUGGAAAAAUGUGGAUUACAGCCACAGCACGGCCCCGGUGCCGCGGCGAGUGCUCGGACAAAUGGCAAGCGGGAAGAAAGUAACUGAAUCCGAAUGACAAGUGUAUCUGCCAGAUACUCACUGGGCAGAGUGUCAUGUGCCGCGGCAUUCCGACCACAGCAACAACACGAAGCACAACCGCCCUGCGCCUGGAAUGCGGCAAUGCAAUUUUCAACAAGAACUUGAUCUACUUCAUCUACAAUUAUCGCAAGCGAAAAACCAAACGGAGAUACAGUAGCCCAAACACGCACGCCACAGAAACAGAAACAGAUACACAAUUACAGGUACAGGUACAGAUACAGAUACAGAUAUAGAUCCAAAUACAGAGCGAGUGAGAAGUCCCUAUCAGAUAUUUACACAAACGUGAUUUAUUUGAAAAGCGAAACGAGAGGCACAACAACAUUGCUAGCACUGAACGGAAGCCUCAAGUGCCAUAAACAUCUGUAAAUUGUGCAAAUAUAUCGGAGUGUAACCAAAAGCCGCACGGCGCGAUAACGCACUCGCACUCGCACUCACAAUCGCGGUCGCAGUCGCAGUCGCAGUCGCCGUCGCAGACGUUAUAAAUUCAGUGGAACGAAAGGUGUCAGCCCAGGCCCGGCCCAGGGACCACGACAAGACCCCGACCGACGAGACAGUUGGUCGCUUUUAUUUUGCUUACUUUUCGGGCAAUCCAUCAAUAUCUCUCUACAUACAAACGGCGCUCAAAUUAACGACUAAACACAUGUCGUAUAAAUACCCACAAAUACGGGCCCACAAAGAUCCAAUAUCAAGCGAUAUCAUUCAACCAUAGGAAACUUUAUAAGACUGAGAGUUGCAAGCGACCAUGCGCGCAUGGAUUCUACUCCUCGCAGUGCUGGCGACUUUUCAACCGAUCGUUCAAGUUGCUAGCACCGAGGAUACGAGUAUAUCCCAGAGAUUCAUCGCAGCCAUAGCGCCUAACCGCAUUGAGCCAUCAGCAGCAGCAGCAUCGGCAGCGGCUGUGGCAGUCACAGCAACGGCAACAGCAACAGCAACAACAGCAUUAGCAAAAGCAUUUAAUCCCUUUAACGAAUUGCUCUACAAAAGCAGUGAUAGUGAUAGUGAUAAAAACCAUCUAAAUAAAGGCCCGAGGAGUAGCAAACACAAGGGCAAUAGACAUAGCAAAAGUGACGCGAAUCGACAGUUCAACGAAGUGCAUAAACCAAGAACAGACCAAUUAGAAAAUUCCAAAAAUAACCCUAAACAAUUAGUUAAUAUAUCCAACAAAAUGGCUGUCAAGGAUCAGACACAUCAACAUCAGCAGCAACAGCAGCAUCAGCAGCAGCAACAACAUCACAAGCCAGCGACUGCGCUAGCAUCCACAGAAUCUCAUCAAUCCCCGAUUGAAACAAUCUUCGUCGCUGAUCCCGCCCUGGCGCUUGAGGAGGAGGUGGCCUCCAUCAAUGUUCCCGCCAACGCAGGGGCCAUCAUCGAGGAGCAGGAGCCGUCGACCUAUAGCAAAAAAGAACUCAUUAAGGAUAAACUGAAACCAGAUCCCUCAACUCUAGUCGAGAUCGAGAACAGCCUUCUGUCGCUGUUCAACAUGAAGCGGCCGCCCAAGAUCGAUCGCUCCAAGAUCAUCAUACCCGAGGCCAUGAAGAAGCUCUACGCCGAGAUCAUGGGCCACGAACUGGACUCGGUGAACAUACCCAGGCCAGGACUGCUGACCAAAUCAGCAAACACAGUGAGGAGUUUUACACACAAAGAUAGUAAAAUCGACGAUAGAUUUCCCCAUCAUCAUCGGUUUCGGUUGCACUUCGACGUGAAGAGCAUACCCGCCGAAGAGAAGCUGAAGGCUGCCGAGUUGCAGCUGAGUCGGGACGCGCUUGCGCAGACGGCGGUGACUUCCACGUCGGCGAACCGGACACGGUACCAAGUGCUGGUCUACGACAUCACCCGUGUGGGUGUCCGGGGACAGCGCGAGCCGAGCUAUCUACUGCUCGACACGAAGACAGUGCGUCUGAACAGCACCGACACGGUGAGCUUGGACGUGCAACCUGCCGUGGAUCGGUGGCUGGCUACACCGCAGAAGAACUACGGCCUGCUGGUGGAGGUGCGGACGAUGCGCUCACUCAAGCCCGCUCCGCACCAUCAUGUCCGUUUGCGCCGCAGCGCGGACGAGGCGCACGAGCAGUGGCAGCACAAGCAGCCGCUGUUGUUCGCCUACACGGACGAUGGGCGGCACAAGGCGCGCUCGAUACGGGAUGUGAGUGGGAGCGGUGGUGGUGGUGCUGGGGAGGGUGGAAAGGGCAAUGGAGGUGGCAGGAAUCGACGGCACCAACGGAGGCCAGCGAGGCGCAAGAACCACGAGGAGACGUGCCGCCGGCACUCGCUGUACGUGGACUUUGCGGACGUGGGCUGGGACGAUUGGAUUGUGGCGCCUCCGGGGUACGAUGCGUACUACUGCCAUGGCAAGUGCCCGUUCCCGCUGGCCGAUCACUUCAACUCCACGAACCACGCGGUGGUGCAAACCUUAGUCAAUAAUCUCAAUCCAGGGAAGGUACCAAAGGCCUGCUGCGUGCCCACGCAGCUGGACAGCGUCGCCAUGCUCUAUCUCAAUGACCAAAGUACAGUUGUGCUCAAGAACUAUCAGGAGAUGACAGUGGUGGGCUGUGGUUGUCGAUAGAUUCGACCGAGCCACUGCAUACAGAGCCGAGUGUAAAAAGAGAGACCUAUCGAAUGAAUCGAAUGAAUCAAGAGUCGAGAGUCGAGAGAGAUCGUGAGCGAGAGAGCAUCAAAUGCUGUUUGGUUCCAAGCCGUCAAUGCUUUAAACACAACGCAAACAAAAUGGACUGAAUAUUUGAAUUUUAAGUGUAAAUCGUUAGACUUUAAUUGUACGAGUAUAUAUGGAUGCAGCCACAACCCGAAACCCACCACCCAUGCCCCAAGCCCUAUCGAGCCACCUUGGAGUUGAACCGCCUCUGUCAGUUUCCACAGCUAGGCUUUGGAAAACCCUUGAUCAGAGCAGAGCCACCUGUAAAUAGCCGCCAUGCCCAGCCACCAACCACCAAGCCCAUAGCCAUCGAGGAUACACAAGUAUCUCAACAGCUGCUGAGAAGAAAACAAAGUGAACAAAUUGUAUAAAAAUGAUAAAUAUGUAACUACUAUCUAUACGAGUGCAUAUGCAGAGAAGGAUAACUUUUCCACUAGCCUUUUCGUUGUUAAUAACUUUAUAAAGAAAUCACUUGUAAAUUUACUAGAGCACACUCAAGGCGAUCAAUGGAAAAUGACUUGAAAUUAUUUGGGAAAUAUCCACCCGAUAUGCACACCUACAUAUAUAUACACACUCACACACACAUGUUCUCUUGUAUAUGUUCUGUUCUAAAUCCUUAUAUACCCUAUAUCCAAUACACCCACACACACACACAGAAACAUUAAUCCACGAAACGGUAUUUAAACUUCGUUCCGAAUCCAAUGUAAACGUAACUGUAAAAUAAUAAAAAGAUGUUAACUUCUAAGCUAAAAACUAUGCUCUAUAAAUAUAUACAAAUAAAUAUUUACAUCGUUAUGCGUUCUAAGCUAAGCUCGAAUAAAUCCGUAAACGUUAAUUAAUGUAGCCAUAUAAGAUUGAACAGUUAAGCUCAGCAUGUUGAAUAAAUUAGUAGAAACGAAGCGGAAAACCAGAAAA